CCGGGGCAGAGGUCGGGAGGGCGGGCAUAGUGAGCCGCCAGCACCGCCUUGGCCCCAUGGAGCUGCCCCACAGCCCCGUUGCGGCCUAGGCAGCCCCAUGGGGGAUGCCCCAGGUGGGCCAGGAAUGGGGGGAUCUCCUCACCGGGCCCUCACGGCUGAGGCCCUGCUACAGGCCAGCCUGGCCCAGGUCCAGCAAUGUGUGCUGGACCUCCAGAACGCCAUGGAGGUAUCCCAGCAGCCCCUGCACCCGGGCCCACCAGCCAGCAUGGAAGAGGAGGAUGAGGAGGAAGAGGAGGAUGAGGAUGAAAAUAAGGAGGAGGAAGGCAGCUCGGGCAUGGAGGAGCAGGAGGAGGAGGAGCUGGAGCAGCUCUUCCACACCAACCCACUCUUCCACGCACCCCACAUGUGCACCAGCCCCAACCAGCAGGCGGAGUGGGGAGUGCCUGCCUACCGCCCCCACCCCCCAGAGGACCCAGGGCAGGACCUGGCAGAUGCCCCACAAAUGGAUGGGGCAUGGGAACAAGGGGAGGAGCUCCCAGCAGGACCCCCCACAGAUUCUGUGCAGGAGCUGCAAGUGGAUGCCAGCCCUGGGACCCCCACAGGCCACAGGGAGGCAGGCCCCCCAGACCCACAGGCUGUGGGGCUGAUAAACCCCUCCAGGCUCGGGGGGGUGCUGGCCCCACAGAUGGAGCAGCCCCCCGGCUCCCCAGCACCUGGCCUGGCCUCCGGCACGGUCCCCAGUAGGGCGCAGGAGGGGAGCGCGCAGCCGCAGGUGACAGGAAGCCGACAGGGGGAAGUGGCAGCACCAGGCCCCAGCGCACCCGCAGCCAUGGAGGAGGCUGAGGGGCCCCCACCAGACCCUCCAGCACAGCUCCCCAUGGAGAAGGAGGAUAAGGAAGAGGAGAUGGAGGACGAGGGGCAGCUCAGCUUCUCUGCUCCCACCACGGGGGAUGCCACAGUGGCCAACGGGGAGGCACUGGGAAUGACAGAGGCGCGGGCGGCAGCAAGGAGCCUGGCAGCUCGGCUCUAUCACCUGGACGGCUUCAAGAGGUCCCAGGUGGCCUCAUACCUGCGGAAGAACACCGCGUUCAGCCAGGCCGUGGCCGAGGAGUACGUGGCCUUCUUCCAUUUCUCAGGGCAGAGCCUGGACCAGGCGCUCAGGACAUUCCUCAGCACCUUUGUGCUGACAGGCGAGACACAGGAGCGGGAGCGAAUCCUGCGGCAUUUCUCCAGCCACUUCCACCAGGGCAACCCCCAUGCCUUUCCCUCACCAGAUGCUGUGCACACGCUGACCUGUGCUCUCAUGCUGCUCAACACAGAUCUCCAUGGACCAAACCUGGGCCGGAGCAUGACCUGCCACCAGUUUGUGGCCAACCUGGAUGGGCUGAUGGACAACGGGCAGAACUUUCCCAAGGAGCAGCUCAAGGCCCUGUACCACUCCAUCCGCAACCAGAAGCUCGAGUGGGCAGUAGAUGAGGAGGAGCCGGAUGGUGCUGCAGGGCUGAACCCCGAGCACAGCGAUCCCCUUGCCAGCCCGGUGCCCGCCCCUGAUGCCCCCACCUACUGCCAGGGACUACUGGCCCGCAAGCUGCAUGCUGAGGCCGACGGCCGGAGGACACCGUGGGGCAGGCGAGGCUGGAAAACCUUCUAUACUGUCCUCAAGGGCAACCAGCUCUACUUCCUCAAGGCGGAGAACGAGGCGGAGGGGCAGGGGGCUGAGGAGCCACUGGGGGUGCAUCACGCCCUAGCUGAGCACGAGAGCCAGUACAGCAAGCGCCCACAUGUCUUCCGCCUACAGACGGCCGACUGGCGCGUCGUCCUCUUCCAGGCCCCGAGCGCUGAAGAGAUGAGCUUGUGGGUCGCCCGCAUCAACCUAGUGGCAGCCGCACUCUCGGCUCCCCCCUUCCCAGCGGCCGUGGGCUCCCAGCGCAAGUUCGUGCGGCCCGUGCUGCCCACAGCCCGCAGCCGUGGCUCCCUGGAGGAGCAGCUGCGGGCCCAUGAGGCAUGGCUGGCCCAGGCUGCGGCUGAGCUUGGUGAGCUGCAACGAAGCCUGCCGGAGCCGCGGAGCCGGAGCCGGGGCCUGGAUGACUACCGGCUGCGCAAGGACUACCUGCUGUAUGAGCGGCGACGGCUGGAGACCUAUGUGCGGGUGCUGGAGGCACGACUGGCAGGGGGUGAGGUGGGGCCCGGGGGCUGGGAGAAGCGGUUGGAGCCCCCCCCACCCCCUGCCGAGCUGCCUCGGGCCCAGUCCAGCCCUUCGCUCGCCCGCCCCACCCCUGCCUCCGCCAAGGUCAAGCGCAACGUGUCCGAACGCCGCACCAUUCGCCGGGUCAUCGUCCCCCGGCGCCCCCGUCCCCCACUCUGACCCUCCCCCGGACCCUCAGGGACUCCCCAGAACUCUCUGGGACUCCCCAUGACCCUCAGGGAUCCCCCAAGACCCACUGGGACACUGCAGGACCCUCCAGACCCCUCUGGGACCCCAGGAUCCACUGGGACACCACAGGAACCCUUGAGACCCCCAGGGACUCUCCACAGAGCCCCCUGGGGCCAACUGGAUGCCCCCAGAACCCGCUGGGACAUCCCAGACCCCCAGGGACCAUUUAGGACCCUUUGCGAGAUCCUCCAUAGACCUCCUGGGGACCCCCAGGGCCUGUCCCCCCAAGACCCUCAGGGACACUGCCCCCCCAGAACCUCUGGGGACAUCACCCAGAGACCACCCCAGGAUGUCUUGAGACCAACCAGGACCCCCUGGGACCCUUCAGACUCGCAGAAACCACCACUGAGCCUCCCAGGAGCUCACAGGACCCACUAGAACCACGCAGGAGCCUCCCAGAACUCACUGGAACCAAACAGGGACCCUCCCAGAUCCCCCUGAUAUCCCCCAGACCCUCAGGGAUCCCCCAGGACCUCUGCACAACCCCCCUAAAUCCCCAGGGACUCCCAGAACCUUCUUGGACAUCCCAGAGGCCCCUGCCCCCCCCCCCAAGCCUCCUGGGACCUCACAGACCCCCAAAGAUCCCCAGGACCUUUUGGGACCAAUUAGGACUUCCAGAGACCCCCCUGGACUCCCUAGGACUCUCUGGGUCUCACUCUUAGACCUUCAGAGACCCUCACAGGACCCCCCUCCAAGAACCCCCUGGGACCUCCCAGGGACUCCACCAGCUCCCCCUAGAACACCUGGGGCCCCCCCAGAUCCCUCUCAUAGAGCUUCCAGAACCCCCAUGACCUCCCAAAGACCCCAGGAACGCCCCCCCAAAACCUUCUGGGACCAACUGGGGCCCCUGGGAUCCCACAGAGACCCCUCCCCCCAGCCAUGGUACGAGACAGGACUGCACUGACAGCCUCGGGCCACCAGGGGCAUCCAGCUUUGCUCCACACCCUGUUGCCCAGGCUGCAAACUCAGAUUCUCCCAACAGGGGGCACUGGGCAUUGCACCCAGCCCUGGGGUGCCCCCCAACCCCUCCCCUUUGGCUUCCUGACCUCAAAGACUAUUGCAGGGGUGGGGGGGGGGUCAACCCCAGGGGGGACGACCCCCUCCCCACCCCCAUCCCCAGUGCAAUAAACCAGUGCGAUAGAUG